AUGGCCGACCCAACCCUCCCCGCGGAUCCUGACGACCCCGCCUGUUUCCAGCUCUUCGAUGCGCUGGGCCCUUUGGGUUAUAAGACCAUUGCAGAUUUUGGUUAUAGCCUGCCCGCCCUAGACUGCCUCCCCCAGCUGCUGGACGCCAUCCCGGGGGAUGUGUGGGAAUCCUUAGAAGCACCCACGCCUGCCAUCUCGCCCGCUACUGGGCGCCUGCGCCGCCUGCUCGAGCGCUGCCAUCAGUGCAUCGCCAGCCACAAGCCUGUGCCGGCUCCACCUUCCUCUGCCAGCGACUCCGCCCCGCCUGCACCGCCACAGCCUGCACUCAACACCUGGGCUGAGCAUGCCCCGCCACGCCUCAGCAACACAGCCGUGCAAAGCAUGCGAGACACUUUCGCCGCCAACUAUCCUGGCGAGAUCUUGGACCAGGAUAGCAUGCCCAGCCUGCGCCUGCUAAGCAUAAUCCACCAGUGGUUCCGCCCGCCUGACGGGGCUAUCAAGUGGGUCCCGUGGCAGCUACGCUUGAGCCAACGCCAGUACCAGGAAAUCCUGGAAGCCCGCACGCACCGCAUGCUCCGCACCGAAGCACAGCUUGUCAGCGCGGCCCUGCUUGACGAAACACCGGAGAUUCCCAUCUCCAGCAUGCACCUCACCCCUGCCUGGCUCGCACGCACGCAAGCAGUCUUCCGCAAUGCAAUCGCCCUCUGCGGCGGCGCGCACCUCGCAACGCUCAAGACCUUCGACAAAAAGAUCUUUGACUAUGCAACCCAGAACCUGCCCGCCGAAACCGGCCUGCGAGCCGUCAACCUGCACGAGCUCCUGCACGCAGACCGCAAGCUCUGGCACGAAAUCGCCAGCCUGCACUCCCAGGGCUGGACCCUGGACGAUGCCAUGCACGAACUCAGCAAUGUCCGCAGCGACAUGCACGCACUGCUCCAGCCUCGCGCGCGCCCGCCCAAAGCACCGCAACAGCCCGGCAAAGGGGGGCGGGACCCCACGCGCCCGGGCAAAGGGCCUGGCAAAGGCCGAGAUCCCAAGGGCCCGCGUCAGCCCACCAAAAGCAAGCAGGGCGCGAAACGCGCACGGUGCCAGCCACGCCAGCCGCGCCGCUCGCCACCAAACAAGGCAGCAAAGUCAUCUGCCUGCGCUAUACAAUAA